AUGAGGCUAUCACUCUUCUCGAUCGCCUCGCUAGGCAUCGGAUUCUGGACUGCAGUAUCCGCGGGCCUCGUCGGAGGUCGUCCUCCCACGGUGAUCAUCAAAGACGAGAAGAGAGAUCAGCUCCAGGACAUCGUGACAUGGGACGAGCACUCGCUCUUCGUCCGCGGAGAGCGGGUCAUGAUCUUCUCCGGCGAGAUCCAUCCCUUUCGGCUGCCCGUCCCGUCCCUGUACCUAGACAUCUUCCAAAAGGUCAAGGCCCUGGGUCUCAACACGGUCUCAUUCUAUGUCAACUGGGCGCUGCUUGAGGGGAAAGCCGGCGAAUUUACCGCCGAGGGCGUGUAUGAUCUCAAGCCCUUCUUCGACGCCGCGACCAAGGCGGGAAUCUACCUCAUUGCGCGCCCUGGCCCGUACAUCAACGCAGAGGUCUCUGGCGGCGGGUUUCCGGGCUGGUUGGCAAGACUUCGGGCAAAGUUGAGGACUUCGGACCCCGAGUUCCUCUCCGCGACGGAUAACUACAUGGCAAAGAUUUGCGGCAUCAUCGCCAAGGCCCAAAUCACCAACGGCGGCCCUGUUAUUCUUCUGCAGCCGGAGAAUGAGUACACCAACUUUGAGAACGGCAGCAGUCCCGAUGGAAAGUACUUCCAGUAUGUCAUUGACCAGGCUCGCAAGGCUGGGGUCGUUGUUCCCCUCAUCAGCAACGACGCCAGACCAUUGGGACACAAUGCGCCUGGGACGGGGACUAACAUUUGUAUUCAGGGUCACGAUGGGUACCCGCUGGGAUUUGACUGUGCAAACCCGAAUACGUGGCCAGGUGGCAAGCUGCCAACUAAUUAUCACGCACUACAUUUGCAACAAAGUCCCAGCACUCCAUACUCGAUAUUAGAGUUCCAAGGAGGGUCUUUCGACCCCUACGGCGGACCUGGUUUCGAAAAGUGUGCAGCAUUGCUUAACCACGAGUUUGAGCGCGUGUUUUACAAGAACAAUUUUGGAGCUGGCGUCACAAUUUUUAAUGUUUAUAUGAUAUUCGGCGGUACAAAUUGGGGUAACCUGGGACAUCCAGGAGGAUACACAUCAUACGACUACGGUGCCGCCAUCACAGAAGAGAGAAGUGUCGCAAGGGAAAAGUACUCUGAGUUGAAGCUCGAGGCACAAUUUCUUAAAGUUUCACCUGCAUAUCUGACGACAACGCCCGGAAACCUGACUGUUGGGGUAUACAGCGCAACUCCGGACAUCACAGUCACUCCGCUGCUAGGGAACGGGAACGGCUCGUUCUUUGUCGUCCGGCACAGCAACUACUCCAGUCUUGCCACGACAGAUUAUACACUUCGUCUACCCACGUCACAAGGAACAAUCACGAUCCCGCAAUCCCGCGAUCUGCUUCAGCUCACCCGCCGUGAUUCAAAGUUCGUCGUCACAGAUUACCCUGUUGGGGAAACGAUUCUUUUGUAUUCAACGGCCGAGAUUCUUACCUGGAAACACUUCAAGAACCAGACGGUUCUUGUCGUUUACAGUGGGCUAGGCGAGACACACGAAAUAGCGAUCAAAUCGACCGUGACGCCUUUUCUUAUAGAAGGUACUAGUGUUGACCACAAUUAUGUGAAUAAAACCUUGCUCUUGGCAUGGGAGACGUCAAGCACUCGAAGGGUGGUCAAGGUUGACAACCUGGUUAUUUACAUUCUAGACCGCAACUCGGCAUAUAACUACUGGGUGCCGGACAAACCCGGGGGGAGCCAACCAGCAUAUGGGACGUCCAUUAUGAAACCAGACUCGCUGAUUAUCAAUGGUGGAUACUUGAUAAGAUCGAUCUCAAUACAGGGUGACACUCUCAGGGUCCAGGCGGAUUUCAAUCGCACUGUUGAGCUGGAGAUUAUUGGCAUUGAACCCGAAGUCACGAGGCUUGAAGUCAACGGCAAGCAGCUGGACCAUACAACGAAUAACCUGACUAACUGGAUUGCGAAACCGUCCCUCGCGGAUGGUACGCUAAGCCUUCCGGACUUGAAGUCACUCAACUGGAGCUCCAUCGACUCUCUCCCUGAGAUCCGCGCAGGCUACGACGACUCUGCGUGGCCUCUCGCAGAUCACAAGACCACAAACAACACAAUUGCCAACCUCACCACUCCAGUCUCCCUCUUCGCCUCAGACUACGGCUUCCACGCGGGCACGCUCGUCUUCCGAGGCUACUUCACCUCAAAAGGCACAGAAAACAUGCUCAACAUUACAACCCAGGGCGGCUCCGCCUUUGCGAGCUCCAUCUGGCUGAACGAAACCUUUCUCGGUUCCUUUGCCAACGGCCCGGACGCCUCCGGCGACAAUAACUCCAACUACACCAUGACGAACCUCACCGCGGGCGCGACAUACGUCCUGACAAUCCUCGUCGACACCACCGGCCUCGAAGAGAACUUUAACAUUCCCGCAGACAUGAUGAAGAACCCGCGCGGGAUCAUGGACUACAUCAUCACGUCCCCCUCCGGCGCCCAGACGAACGUCACGACGUGGAAGGUUACGGGGAAUCUCGGCGGCGAGGACUACGCUGACAGAUUCCGGGGCCCCUUGAACGAGGGGGGACUCUUUAUCGAGCGCCAGGGCUAUCACCUGCCUUCUCCGCCCGAAUCUGCGCUCAAUACGAAACGUUCGCCAUUCGAUGGGGCAGACGCACCCGGCGUGGCUUUCUACGCUGCGAAACUCGACCUACACGUCCCGGCUACGGACCUUGACGUACCACUAGCCUUUCUCUUUGACGACAUCGUGGCGUCGUCCAACGGCACGGGGGCCUACCGCGCCAUCCUCUACGUAAACGGGUUCCAGUACGGGCGGUACGUGAGCAACAUCGGUCCGCAGACCAGGUUUCCCGUACCCGAAGGCAUUCUCAGGUAUCAGGGGACCAACUACAUCGGCCUGGCCGUCUGGGCUCUCGAGAAGGGCGGCGCUCGCGUGCAGAACUUCCGGCUAGACGUUGGCGAGGUGGUGACGACGGGGCGGGAGGAGGUCAAGGUUGUCGAGGCGCCGGGUUGGAGCCGGCGGGCGGGGGCAUACUGA